GCCGUACCCACGUAACACAUCACAUUAAAAAUGUCUAACACAAAGCUUUACGAGAUUCUUGGUGUAGAGCCUGGCGUUUCCACUCGCGAAAUUGUAAAAGCGUAUCGCAUUGCUGCUCUUAAGACACACCCGGAUAAGCUUGCUAGAUUAUCUGAGGAAGAACGUGAGAAAGCAAAGAACAGUUUCUUACAGCUUCAACAUGCUUAUGAGAUAUUGAGAGACGAUGAGUCUCGUGCUAAUUAUGAUAAUUUUGGAUGGGAAGGCGAAAAUGAUGAUGCAUUUAUUAGGGCUUAUGAGUAUUAUAAGGAUCCGCUAACAUCGGAGGAUAUAGAUGCUUUUUCAAAGACAUACAAGUCCAGUAGUGCUGAGCACGAUGACUUGCUUGAGUUUUAUAAAAAGCAUGAUGGCGACAUCCAUGAUAUAUUAUUAUACAUUCCUCUUAGUGAAGCCAGUGAUCUGGAUCGCUUUGUUAAAUUCUACAACGAUAAGAUAGCAUCUGACGAGCUGGAGUCAACAUCGAAGUAUAAGAAGAGCAGUACGACAUCGGCUCUUAAAGACAUCAAACAGCGGUACAAGAAAAAGAUGCAGAAAGAGCGGAAGCGUUCAAAUGAUAGUGAAAGUUUGGACGAUCUCGCUGCGCAGAUUAUGGCCAAUCGCAAAAAGCGCGAGCAAGCAUUUGAUUCGGUGAUUAGCAACUUGGAGAAAAAGUAUGGUUCAAAGAAGUUGAAGAAGUGAUCACACUAUGG